GUAGUUACUAAACGUCGGCUCUGGGCCAGCCUAUCCCUAAGCAGUUUACAGCGGCGAGAAUAAAGGCCCUCCUCAGAGCGUAAGUACUCUGACCGAUGAGAAAACCGAGGCUCCACCGAGAGGGAGUGUUUUGCCAAAAACAAGUUCAGUGUCACAGCUGGAACCAGAACCCAGGUCUUUGACUCCCCCUCUAAGUCUGCUGCUUUUCCCUCAGCACCAUCGGAAUAAUUUGAAGGUAAAUCUAUUUGACUCAUACCAAGACUUGUGGGCACCUCAGCGAACAAUUUGUGCCCUCGGGUUUCAAGCAGAAACUUUCCAUUCCGAAGAAUUUUCGUCACCUGUUCAAUGGAUUUAUUAGCUUCCCUCAGAAAAGAGAAGAAGCCAUUGGUGCCUGAGACAGUAGAAGAGGUGAAGGAAAAACCUAUUUUGGUGUGUCCACCCUUACGAAGCCGAACAUACAUACCACCUGAAGAUCUCCAGAGUCGUGUGGAAUCUUGUGUCAGAGAAAUUUUUGGUUCAUCUGUUCCUAGCAGUUGGCAGGACGUGUCCCUGGAAGAUGGUCAUCUGAAAUUCGGGUUGUUGUCACGUUUAGCUGAUGACUUGGGCCAUGCAGUGCCCAACUCCAGGCUUCACCAGAUGUGCAGGGUCAGAGAUGUUCUUGAUUUCUAUAAUGUGCCUGUUCAUGAUAGAUCUAAAUUUGAUGAACUGAUUGCCAGUAAUCUGCCUCCCAAUUUAAAAAUCACUUGGGGUUAUUGAGCAACUCAGAAGAGGAGCAUCUUGAAAUCAUUUUGUCCUGAGCAAGGGGACUGGUUAUUAGACUUUUGAUACUUUACCAUGUGAAAUGCUAUCAGAAUUGUUCUCUAAAUCCUCUUUUUCUGUAGAAGAAUGAAUUAGCUCUUUUUUUCCCCUCAUAUCAUGAAUUAACAACAGGAUUUUCUUUUUUCACAUUUGCUGAAAUCUUUUUUUUUUUUUUAAUGGAAUUGAGUCAUUAAUAAUGUAUGAAAGUUUCCUUCUCUGGAGGACACUAAUUAUUAAACUUGGGUUUAAGAUAUGAGGCUAUUCUAUGUUCAGACGUGGUCUUUAUUCUUUUAGGUGUAAAAUAGUAGAUGCAAAAAUAUGUUUUAAUCCUGUUAGGACUCUUAAGUCUAAGGUAGGUAGCAUGUAUAGUAUGUAUACAAAUAAGGAAACUUGUUAAAGAAAUGUAAAAAGGGGAAAAAAAAUGUAAAAAGCAAUGUUGUUUAUUAUAGCGAAUUGUUUCUUUCACUGCUUUACUCAUAGAAAUAGAAAAUGAUACUGGCUGUUCUAGACUAACCUCUUUUGGAAUUAAAGUAUAUUUUUGAAGUGU